AUGUCACGAUAUGAAGUACUCCAAAACGUAGAUGAAGGCGGGCGUCAACUUGAAGUGGAGGAUGUUGAGCACGAAUUCAAAACUCCAAGGAUCAAAGUCGGUUCGGUAAACCUUGAAACACGAGAUCAUAAUCAACUAGGAAAAGCAGCAUCAGAUAUAGCCGAACUGGGAAAUACCUGCUUGACUAUUAUUAAAAAUCCAGUGGCAUGGUUUGAUGGCCUGAUUUGGAUCAGAUGCAGAGCCCGAGAGGAAGCGGUGCAAAAAGCACGCGAAUACGUCGAUGAAAUGAGAAAAAUACCACCACCACCAUUACUUUUGGCCGGAAUUAAAAAAUACGUAUUUAUUUUUAUUCAACGGAUAAAUAUCAAAAAGAUCAAUAAUCUUAUCAGACAUGCGUUUUGA